AUGGAUGAGAAAUGGUUCUAUCUGAACCCUAAUAAGAGGAGGUUUUAUCUCCUACCAAGUGAGGAAGAUCCAUACAUGGCAAUACAGUCCAAAAGAUUCAAGCUCAAGGCAAUGUUUAUGGCCUUAAUUGGGAAGCCAUUGUAUGACACAAAUGGGGAACUACUCCAUGAUGGGAAGUAUGGCAUAUUCCCAUUCACUGUCAAACAACUAGCAAAGAAAUCCAGCAAACACAGAGAUGCAGGAACUUGGGAAACAAAGGCAAUCCAGAAUGUAAACAAAGAGGUGAUUAGAGAUAUGUUGCCGACAAAUGUCAUACCAGCAAUUAUCUCAAAGUGGCCUGAGAGUCUGGCCAAAAAUGUUGUCAUCCAAUGGGACAAUGCAAGGCCUCACCAAGUUCCUAAGGAUGCAGAGUUUAUGACAACAACAACAGCACAUGGGUUCAACAUUCAAUUUGUUUAUCAGCCAGCACAGUCACCAGAUUUCAAUGUGCUUGAUUUAGGCUUAUUUAGGUCUAUGCAAUCUUUGCAAUAUCAGUCUUUUCCUAGCAACCUAGAUGAGCUAGUUACAAAGGUGAUGGACUCUUAUGGCACAUUCAAUCCUCAAGUGAACAAGUACAUUUGGCUGACUUUGCAAAAGUGCAUGAUAAAGAUCCUCAAGGCAGAAGGUGGGAACAAAAAUGGAAAAGAAACAGAUGUUAUGUGGUCACUCAAUCCAUCAAAAGAUUUGUAUGUCAUAGUUGAAUACAACACUAAGUCACAAUGUUACCUCAACAACAAUAGCAUUAAACCAAUUGUUGGAGCAAAACAUUUGUGUGUAGUGAAAUUCAAUGGAGUCCCUUCAUCAUAUGGAUUUGGAUAA